UAUACGAGUUCUUUUUUUUUUGAAAAAAAACAGAAUAAUUCAAGAUGGGUCGUAUGCAUGCUCCAGGAAAGGGUAUUUCAAGCUCUGCAUUGCCAUAUUCUCGUGCACCUCCUUCAUGGUGUAAAGUAGAGUCAGAGGAGGUUUGUGAAUUAAUUUUUAAAUAUGCGAAAAAAGGGCUUUCUCCCAGUCAAAUUGGGGUUGUUUUGCGUGAUAGUCAUGGGAUUCCUCAAAUAAGGUUUAUUACGGGUAAUAAAAUUCUAAGGAUUCUUAAAUCCAAUGGAUUAGCGCCUCAAAUACCUGAAGAUUUAUAUCAUUUGAUAAAGAAGGCAGUGACUGUUCGAAAACAUCUCGAACGUAAUCGAAAAGACAAGGAUUCUAAAUUUCGUUUAAUUCUUAUUGAAAGCAGAAUUCAUCGCUUAGCACGUUACUAUAAAAGAGUAGGUUCUCUUCCUCCUGUAUGGAAAUAUGAAAGUGCAACUGCAUCUACUUUAAUUGCAUAAAGAUAUAUUUACAUGCAAUAAAAUGUAUUGUAGUUAAUAUUGGUAU